GACACGCCCUCCGCAUCUGUCCGCAAAUCAAUUUGGCAAGCUUUCGUUGAACUGUGUGCUCGUUCUUUUGGAUGAUGAAUUGACGGGACUGAAGUUCGGUCACCUCCCAUCCGAUGCAGCUUCUCAGGACCGGUGCCUUCCUGAGGGCAGCUCGUUCCGCCAGAUUCGCCGUCGUCCAGAGUCGAACAGCUCCGUCGGCUACAACCUACAUUCGCACUCCUUCACGAUGGUCGAGCUCCCAAGUAGCUGCAGAGCAGCAGCAACUGCAGCAGCGGUCAUUUCCUGAACAAUCGGUUGCGGGCGCCAAAGAAGUAGACCCGGCAAAGACUGCCGAGUCAAAGAGUGAUGGACAGCCCGGGCAUCAAAAAACAAUCGCAGGGGCACCGUAUGUUUUGGACAACACCACAAAUGUUACGGACUCGAUCCUCAACUUGGUCGGUCGCAACCUCUACGAACACCCUGAUCACCCAAUUUGUAUCACUCGGAAACUUAUCGAAUCAUGCUUCCCCCAACCCGAGUACAACCAUUUCACCAUGUCAGACCCAGUCGUGACCGUCAGGGACAACUUUGACGUCUUGGGAUUUCCAGCUGAUCAUCCAGGCCGGUCGAGAACUGACACGUACUAUGUCAAUUCUUCCCACCUUCUUCGCACGCAUACCUCCGCCCACCAGCAUGCCGCCUUUCAAACCCUCGGCUCAGAAGAACGGACGACAGGAUACACCAUUUGUGCCGACGUCUAUCGCCGUGAUAGCAUUGACCGCUCACACUUCCCCGUCUUCCACCAGAUGGAAGGGGCGCGCGUGUGGGGCCUCGACCCGGACAUCGAGUCUCGAUACGCUGCGCAGUCCGCUCGCACAGCCAAGAUGGCCACCCAGCUCAAGGCUUUGCCUUCGACGUCGAUCAUCGUGGAAGACAAUGCGACAAACUUCUCCACCGACGUAAAUCCCAUGCAACCGGAACAUGACCCUACCGAGGUGCAACUGGUUGUCUCCCAUCUGAAACGCAGUCUCGAGUAUUUGAUGCAACAGAUCCACAACGCUGCGCAGCAAUCCAUCCCGCAAUCAGCUCGUACGCCCUUGCAGGUUCGCUGGGUCGAAGCAUACUUUCCAUUCACGAGUCCGAGUUUUGAACUUGAAGUCCUCUGGAAUGGGGAAUGGCUCGAACUUCUCGGCAGUGGCGUCGUUCAACAGUCCAUUCUCAACAAGGCCGGCUUGACGCGUAGCAUAGGAUGGGCCUGGGGUCUAGGCAUUGAGCGAUUCGCCAUGCUCCUGUUUGGCAUACCCGAUAUCCGUCUGUUCUGGAGCACGGAUAAGCGAUUCUUGCAACAGUUCUCGAGUGGUAAGAUUACCAAGUUCGAGCCGUUCAGCAAGUAUCCACCUUGUUACAAGGACAUCGCAUUCUGGAUCAAUCCUGCUCCAGCAGGCGCAAGCCCACGUGGAGCGACCCCUUGGGGGUCAGCAGCAGCUGCCGGUGGAGAUGCGACGAAAGCGAGCCCCACCGAAACACAGCCGGCGGCUUUCCACGAGAACGAUAUCAUGGAGGUGGUUCGUGAUGUGGCGGGCAGCCUGGCCGAGGAUGUCAAACUCGUGGACGAAUUCGUCCAUCCGACCAGUGGGAGGAAGAGUUUGUGUUACAGGAUCAAUUACAGAAGUCUGGAGAGGACUCUGACGAACGAGGAGGUCAACAGGUUACAUGACGAGGUCGCCAAACGCAUGAAGGCUCAGUUUGGUGUUGAGUUGAGAUGAGCGCAGGGUUUCGUUCAUCUACUCGGUCCAUUUUAAAACCUGAUCGUCUGCGCGCAUAACUCAUUCGAGGAAGUUGUACUCCGCACACUUUUGCAUUUGUUCCACUGGACAUGUUGCAGCGUUUCUCUGGUUCAAGCGAGUGAUCAAGGCAAGAAAUGCCUUUUAGGGGCUUAGGAUGUUGAUGGACAUCCGAUCAUGAAGAGAACAUGAGGUCAAUCUCAGAACCAUGUAUAUCAUAUAUUGUACAACCCUUUUAUAUGUAAUCCUGGCCCAUCUCAGGGCUUGUACAACAAGACGCGAAAGAGGGUUGAUGAAAGAGAAGGACACGGAUCUAGUUGAGAUACAGAUACCUUCCUAUAGAAUCUCUUCUCUGACUGGCCUUGUUUACCGUGUUCUUCGCCGCCAGGAUUGAACCCGUGCCUCAGAUAUUCUGCAGAAGAAAGUAAAAACUUCUUACCUCCCUACGGAGUACCUAGUGGUAGUGAUGGAAAACGAUUUGCCUCGGAAUCAUAUUCUUGAUGAAAAGU